AUGGAAAUUGAAGCGAAAGAAUACUUUGGUGACCAUGAAAGCAAGGAUGAUGGGCGUAAAGAUGGGUUCGAAUCGGAUGAAGGAGGGGGGCCAGAUGAUGUCCUUCGAAUGGAAUUUAACACUCCAGAUGAAGCCAAGUCCUUUUAUAAUAAAUAUAGCCGAUUAAAGGGAUUUGCUACGAGACAAGGGAGGAAGUUAACAAAUAGUGCAGGGGAUAUUGUACGAUACACAUUUGUGUGCACUAGGCAAGGGUAUCGGGAGAAGAAAUGGCUAGAGAUGGCUAAUCAAAAAAGGGAGCACAAGAUUGUGACUCGUUGUGGUUGCCUUGCCGAGAUGAGGAUAAAGAAAAGAUGGGAGUGGCAAAUGUUCAUCGAUUACUUGAGGUCGCACAGGCGGAUAUCUGAUGUAGAGAUUGUACAAAUGACUAGCAUGAGGGAGGUUGGUAUCAACAUUCCUAAAAUAUAUGAAUUCUUCGCGGCACAGAUUGGGGGUUUUAACUUUGUGACAUUCACAAAGCAAGACAUGUAUAAUGAGGUGAGGCGACAAAGAGGAAUGCAAAAAGGAGAUGUAAGCGCUGUAAUUCGAUACUUGGAAGGUGUAUCCCGUGUAGACAACAGAAUGUUUUGGAGGUACAAGGUUGUGUCUGAAAACAAUCUUUGUGACUUGUUUUGGAGCGACGGGCGUAGUCAGUUUGACUAUGCAAUAUUCGGAGAUGUUCUUGCCUUCGAUGCUACUUACGGCCGAAACAAGUACAAUUUGCCUGUUGUUGUGUUCUCAGGAGUUAACCACCACAACCAAACAUGUGUCUUUGGAUGUGCAAUGAUCUCGUGCAAAACACAAGAGUCCUAA